AACUUAAAAGGAAAAGAGAGUUCAGUAUUUGUCAACUUGAAAAAUUAAGGAGGCUCAGGCAUUUGGUCAAAACGGGGCAUUUCUAAGGAUCUGGCAACCAGUCCAGCAGCGGAAUAGCUUGUGUGUUUAUGCUCAAGGAUGUUUAGGAGUGCUCAGUUUGUGAUGUCGGCAUGUCUACCGGGGACCCAUAGAUCACUGUUUGGGAAGAUCUCCAUGAAGACAAAUCUUGGACAGGCAGUGUGCAAUAACCUCCUCAGCCAGCCAUUUUUUAUGGUCAGUGGUGAGAGAGCGCCACAGAGGAAACAUUAUAUAUCUGAGCCAAACAACAGAAAAUAUGUUUCACAAAAACCCUUUUCUUGCCUUGUCAACAGAAGCUGCUUCAAUCCUGCAAACACGACUGACUUUCGAUCGGUGUGUAAAAUAAAUAUCUCUCUACAGUAUUGUUCAUAUACCACUUUUUCAGAUCAUUUCAUGCCCAGGGACUGUGUUCCUAACAAGUGCUUACUACCUGAAAACCAUACCGGCAAACACAGACGUUCUAUGGAUAAAUGGAGAGCAGAUCUAAACAGCAGCAGUAAAAGCCAAAAGAGCUACCAUAACAUGGGGAGCACAUCCUUUACUAAAGGGUUAACUAAAGGUCUCUGGACUUCCUAUCGUGAGCGAUGGAGCCAUCAUGGACCUCUAAAAUCACAAAUGUGUGGUUUGCAUAUGAGAGUUCCACAGCAGGCUGCCUUUGAAGACUGUCUAUCAGCUAAGAAUGAAGAGCGCUGCAGAGAACACCUGCAGUCCAACACUGCACUGUAUGAGAAGAAGGGAGGCAAGAGCUGGGCAGCUGUACUUGUGUCUCUGUGCACAGUAGGGGGAGAGCCUGCCUUGCUUUUCACCCUUAGGUCCAGCAAACUGAGGGGAAAACACAAAGGUGAUGUCAGGAAACAGGAGUUACAAAGCAAGACAGAAGAAUAUUUUGCAGGAGGAAAGCAAGACCCCUCCGACAGGGACAUUGUGGAAACAGCACUGCGGGAAGCCAGGGAAGAACUGGGGAUUAAUGUGACUGAAAAUGAAGUGUGGGGGGUUCUGAAGCCACUGAAUGAUUCGUCAGGAAUGAUGAUUGCUCCUGUGUUAGCUAACCUUGGGCCGCUGGAGACUUUAUCACUCCAUCCCAAUCCAAAUGAGGUGGAGGAGGUCUUCACCCUGACUGUUGCCCAUCUAUGCAACCCUGAAAACCAAGGCUACACACAUUUCCGUAUUGGUAAUCGCUAUGGAUACACUCUUCCUGUGUUUCACAGUGAUAAGUAUAGAAUCUGGGGCCUGACUGCAAUAGCUUUGGACCAUACACUCAAACUCAUCAUGCAGCUGUAGAACCAACAAGUUUAGAUCCUUAAACAAAUUGUAAAACUUUAAGCGAUGACAUCACUGGGUGCUUGUGAUCAAAUCAUGAACAACUUUUGUGACUUUGGUGCUGAAAAGAAACAUACUUUUAAACUUUUAUUGAUUGUCGUUUAAGUAAAACUGCUCAUUAGACUUUUCUGGAAGACUGCAAUAAUAUAUAAAUAUCUGCAAGCAUUUGCAGUUGAUUGAAUUUACUGCUUUACAGAAUAUCUGUGUGGAAAACUCAUUAUCUGACUACUACCAAGACACUUUUUACUGGAUGUUACAGAUUCUAUAUAUCUGCUUUUAUAUUUCCAGUAAUCAGUCAUCCUCAUAUAAUGUGUACAAUCUGUUGACUAUCAGAACCCCACACCCCACCCCACCCAAUUUAUUUAAGUGCAGGAAUAAGUUUAGCAAUUUAUUCAACAAGAUCAUAGAGAAGACAAAGUAGGAAAACUAUGUCAUGGAUUUCCUGUCAAACCUACUUCUAUACAAUUCGUAAUAUACAGCUAGAUGUUGGAUUAUUUUACUUUGCUAAAACUGUAGCACCUUAUGAACCAAGAAAAGCAUUCAUAGUUUCUGGUUCUGUAAUAGCAUCUUUUAGAAGACCAUUCCAAAUUUCUUACUUUCUAUCGAUAUUUCAUACUCAACUGAAGAGAUUUUGAUUCAUACCCUACAAUUCCACAUACAAAAUUGCUCAAACUGAAAUAAGGUUUCCUCAAACAGUAACAUUUGUAAUUUAUAAUAAAAUUGAGAUAUUAAA